GUAUUGCAGGAGAACUCCGCUACCUCACCGUGCUCCCGCACUAGUUUGCCAUUUAGCAAUCCUUAUUUUCGGCUCUCAGUGCUCACUAGUCCUCCAUCAUUUUGUUUCCAACAUUCUGACCGUCCAACCAUUACUCUACAGUCUCUGUUCCAUUGGAUCAUUCAUUGUUAGGCAAACGCACUUCGACAUUUUCUACCAUUUCUCGCAAUCUGGGCCCAGGAGAUGAAGUCCAGUUCAGUUCCUUACGUGCGCGAAGUGGACGAAGAUGAAGAGGUGCACAUGCAAGAUAUGUCCAAAGGUUGCGGUGCGUCUUUGGCCUGUGAUCCUCUUCGUGGAUUACAUCGUUAUUUGAUGCUGUUUUUCAUUUGUUUUCUUUCGUUUGGAAGCUAUUUCUGCUACGAUAGCCCCGCUGCUCUGCAAGAUGUAAUCACGCGGGAUAUGGGUUUGACGGCAACGGAAUUCCUGAAUCUUUACGCAUUUUACUCAUGGCCUAAUGUUGUAUUAAGCUUUGUCGGCGGUUUGCUCAUUGAUCGUGUAUUCGGAAUUUCUUUGGGGGCCAUCAUUUUCUCACUGUUUGUUCUGAUCGGUCAUCUAAUCACCGGAGCUGGCGCAUUGGCCAACAGCAUUGGUCUCAUGUAUUUCGCUAGAUUCGUCUUUGGUAUCGGAGGUGAAUCGCUCUCUGUUGCCCAAAACACCUAUACUACUGAGUGGUUUCCUUCCACUGAACUGAAUUUUGUUUUCGGAUUGCAGUUGAGUAUAGCUCGUGUUGGGUCCACGGUCGGCAUGAACACAUUACAGCCGUUGUACCGGAGCAUCGGGGAAAACUUCGGCAUCACAGGCUAUGUACGCCUGGGUGCCACGUUGAUAGUCUCAGCUGUGACUUGUAUCUUUUCUACUGGAUGCGCCCUCAUUCUGGCCUUCUUCACAAAACGAGCCAGACGCAUCCGCGCAGCCCAAAUUGCCUACCUCGCAGCGAAAGAAUCAUCCAGUCGCAAUGUGUCAUCUGAAUCUGAACAGGCUCCUCGUAUCUCUCUGAGAGAUAUUAUCCACUUUCCCUUUGGAAUUUGGCUCAUCUGCUUGAUUUGCGUUACGUACUACAUCACUGUCUUCCCGUUCAUUAGUCUCGGGCUGGUCUUCUUUAAACGCAGAUACUACCUAUCUGUUCAAGACGCUUCCGCCGUCAACAGUCUGGUCUACAUCGUGUCCGCCGUAGCAAGCCCUUUGUUUGGCGCCGCAAUCGAUCUCGUUGGCUGCAAUCUACAUUGGCUCUUGUCUAGUGUAUUGCUCACUCUGAUGUGCCAUUUAUGUUUCGCGUUCGCCAGCUACACCUUGCCACCAAUCAUCAUUAUGAUCAUCAUGGGUUUCGCCUAUUCCAUUCUGGCUAGCAGCCUUUGGCCCCUGGUUACGUAUCUGUUGCCGGUUCACAAACGAGGCACUGCUUACGGUCUCAUCCAAUCUGUCCAGAAUCUUGGAUUGGCGGUCGUGUCUCUUUUCGCUGGCUAUCUGGUUGACCAUAAGCACACAGCCCUGUUUCUCGUCCCAAGCGUACAUCACAAACACCAUGACCAGGCAGAAGCAGAGGCAUAUGAUGAAAAAGAGUUCAAGAACUAG